AUGCAAUUCUCUCCCCUGUCCGUCAUCGCCCUCCUGGCCACGGUGGCCGCAGCGGCCCCCGUGGUCGAGGAAGCGCAGGCCAUGCGCAGCAUCGAAGCCAGGGAGACGAGCACCUCGAGGGGCGGCCUGGCGGCGCGGCAAAACGCCAACGACCUGGCCGCUCUCGACGUCUUCUCGUCCAGCGGCUGCUCCAACUACCAGACCACCGUCUUUGUCUUCCAGCCCGGUGGCGGCAGCGGCCCGGGCAACGGGAGGUGCUUCCAGCUGGGCCAGAACGGUAGCGUCAAGACUACUUUUUUGAAGGGCAGCUGCACUUCAACUGCAGCAACGGUGCGACCGCCGCACGUGUGGGCACCUGCCUCAGUCGCAACUGGGGGAGCUUCUCGGUUGACAACUGCGUGUGAGCGCGUGCUGUUGGACGAUGGCCCAUGGAAGAGAUUGGGUAAAACAGCAAUAUGUGGGUUUUUCCCAGGAGUCAGUAUCAAGAAAGGCCAUGGAUAUCUCGGCAAGAAGAAAUUUUCUCAAGAGGUGGAAUGA